AUGGACAGUGAACUUAAAUAACUUGAGGCUCAGCCUUAAUAAAUGUGGGAUUAUUUCAGUCUUGAUUCCAAAUACUCAGAACUUGGUUUCUCAACCAGAGCUAUCCAUUGUGGCAAUGAGCCUGAUGGCAAAUUUGGAGGAGUCUCACCAGCAAUUGAUCUCUCUACUACAUAUGCUCAACCAUAUCCCGGUCAGCCAAUGUGCUUCGACUAUGCAAGAUGUGGAAACCCUACUAGACUUGCUCUUGAGAGAAAUCUUGCUUCACUUGAGAAUGCUAAAUACGCCUUCGCCUUAAACAGUGGAAUGUCUGCUUGUGUUACAAUCAUGCAGCUACUUACUCAAGGCGAGCAUGUCCUUUGCAUUGAUGAUGUGUAUGGUGGAACUUAGAGAUAUCUCAGAAAGAUUCUGACUGAAAAGCAAGGAAUAGAACUCAGCAUGAUUGAUUUUGGAAAUCUCGAUGAUGUAAGAGCUGCCAUUAAGCCAAACACAAGGAUCGUCUGGGCAGAGACCCCAACGAAUCCAACUCUAAAGAUUUGUGAUAUUGCCGCUGUAGCCGAAAUAUGCAAAGAAAAAGGUGUAAUGUUCGUAGUUGAUAACACCUUCAUGUCACCUUAUCUUCAGGUAUUUUAUCUUAAACAUUAAUACUAAAAAUAGAAUCCUCUUAACCUUGGUGCCACCAUAGUAGUUCACUCAAUUACCAAGUAUAUUGGAGGUCACUCAGAUGUUGUUAUGGGCUGCAUCUGCCUUAAUGACAAGGAACUUUACGACAAAUUGUUCUUUUCCAUGAAAUCAAUUGGAUCUGGUGCUUCCCCUUUUGACUGCUAUCUUGCAUUGAGAGGUAGCAAGACCCUCGCUAUUAGAAUGGAAAGAGCCAUGUAAAAUGCACAAUAAAUUGCAGAGUACCUUGAGAGCCAUGAGAAAGUAGAAAAAGUAAUUUAUCCAGGUCUCUAAUCUCAUCCAUAAUAUGAAUUAACAAAGAGGUAAUCAAGAGGUCCAGGAGCAAUGAUUUCUUUCUAUAUUAAAGGAGACAUUAAAACAGCUGAGAGAUUCCUUAGAGCAGUCAAGAUCUUCACUUUGGCUGAAUCACUUGGAGGAGUCGAGAGUUUGAUUGAGAACCCAGCUUUGAUGACUCACUUCUCUGUCCCUCCAGAACAAAGAAAAAUCCUUGGAAUCGAUGAUAACUUCAUCAGAAUAUCUACUGGUAUUGAAGAUUUGAAGGAUCUUAAGGAUGACAUCAAAUAAGCUCUUGAAAAAGCAUGA